AUGUGAUCUCAGCGGGGCAUGAAAGAAGCCCUUUGAUGGAAGCCUGGAGCAGUUCUCAGACUCUGCAGCGAAGAGAUCCAGCUUGUUUUCCUCAGAGCGGUCGCUCAUGGCAUGAUUAUACUUCAACCGUUCCAAGUUGGAAGAAGCAGCAGAAGUUACGGAGGGACUCUUUAUGUCAUGGAUCUUCAGAUAUCGGUGGAGCACAAGCAGGCCAACCAAUCAUCAGGUUUCCACUGGCUUUCCUUUGCCUAUCAGGGGAUGACAGAGAUCCCAUAUGACAGCAUACUAACGCAGAGCGACACGCUGGAGGUGCUGGACCUGAGUUACAAUAUCCUGGAUGAGAACCCGGCUCGUCUGGGGCGACUUGAGAAGCUAAGCACUCUGAUUCUGGACUCCAACAACUACACAUCUCACAUCAAGUUUCCCUACAUGCCGAGCAUCACCGCCCUGUGCAUCAACAAGAACAAGAUCAACAACCUGCCGGUGUUUGUGGAGGAGAUCAGGCGAAAGUUCCCCAACAUCAAGAUCCUCAGUAUGAUGAACAAUGAGGCUGCCCCGAGUUACUUCAACGGUGGAAGCCUGUCCCAGUACAUUGACUACAGGCUCUAUGUGAUCAGUCAGAUCCCAGGCCUGGAGAUUCUGGAUGACACAGAGGUUAUGGAGAAGGAGAGAGCUGAAGCCAGGAAAACCUACAGGCUGCAACAGAGCCACCCCAGCAGCAGCUGGAAGAAGAAGAGCGACUUGUCCAGGAAACAGAUACAGAGGAAGAGCGACGGCAUUGUCAGACGAUAAAAUCAACCCUUUGACAAUGAGCUGAUGUUUAAUACACUUUAGUUUGCGCUGAUUCUGCUAUCAUUUAAAUAAAAAACAUGUUCUAUGAUGCAGCACUUUCAAAUGCACAAUCAUCAUCAAACACAUCUGUGUUAUUUCUGCCCAUCUGUCUUUAACUAAGGUGCCAUCAGGGGCCACAACAAUUGUUUGCAAUCAAUAAUAAUAAAAAAAAACUAAUAUAUUUCA